CCUUCAAAUUAGGUUGCUAUGGGAGUGGUGUUAGGCUAGUAAUAAGAGAAGAAGUGAGAGGAUCAAACAUGAAUGGUCCAAUAUGAUUCAUAAAAGAAGUCAUUGCGUGAUAAUAAUACCCAACUUGAAACGGGUCUAAGUUUACUAUCAAUCGAGUUAAAAAGCAUUUAGAGAAAUUGUUUUCAGAAGAACAGACGAGUUAAUUUGCUUGAAGAUGUGGUCAUAGACACUACACAACAAAGCUGCGUCCCUUUCGCUGGGUCUCAGGUUUAAGCUUAAGGGUAAUAAAAUCAUGAAGUUGAAGGAGAGGAAUAAAGUUGAGGUCUUAAGGCAAGAACGUGAGCCUUGUGGUUCCUGGCAUCCGGGUAUUAUAGUUUUCGUGGAUGGUGAUGACUAUGUUGUAAGGUAUAGAUUCCUCACAGACCAGAAAGGAACGCCGGUCAUGGAGAAGGUGCAGGGGGUGGAUGUUAGGCCACUGCCUCCACAAAAGAUGGGGAAAAGAUGGAAGGUUGGUGAUGUGGUUGAGGUAUUUGAAAAACAACGUUGGAGGGUUGGGAAGGUGAUGAACAUGUUGGCGAACGAUAGAUUUGUUGUGAGAUUGCACGGAUCCAUUCAUCUUAAAGAAUUUCAUGGAUCUAAUGUCAGACUUCGCCAGUUUUGGGAAAGUAAUACAUGGUCAGCUAUUGGGAAGGUCGCUCAAAACAAAGAAUUUGCAAAUGGACGUACAGGGAAAAAUCGUAAAGGUGAAUAUCCAUGGUCAGGAAAGAAAGUCUUAAUGGGAGACAUGAAGGAUGCCUGUGUCCGUCUCAAAAUACAUGAUCCAGUAAGAAAAACAAAGAGAAGUCUUGAGCCAUCUUCCGGGGACCUGCUUGUUGGAAAAAGAAGCAAGAAAAGAAAAUCAAAGCAAUAUACCGGAGAGUGUGAUUGUCCUCUAUUUGACAUGGUUGAUAAUAUUCCUUCUCAGACUGCAGGAGUCGAAGAGAAUUUCAAUAAGGGGUUGAUUGCUAUGGAUACUACAAUGGGUAAAGCAACGACCAACAGGUUACAUGCUUCAUCUUGGCCUCAUCGAUCUAUGGAUAAUGAUGGUGAAUGUUCUAUUGCUAGUUGUAGUUCUAAUGAUUUUGAUGGCCGUAAUAAUAGUUCUGAUAAAUUAUGGAGUAAUGGAUGUGAAAAUUCCGAUGCUGAAUCAUCAUUUCCAUCUCUGGCCAGCAAGAAACAAGCAUCCUUGUUAAUUGCAGAAGAACUGGAAUUUGACAUUCAUAAAUUAGAGCUUUGUGCUUACAAGUCAACAAUGCAUGCUUUAUACGCUUCUGGUCCUUUGAGCUGGGAGCAAGAGUCUCUUCUUACGAAUCUUCGCCUCUCUCUUCACAUUUCAGAUGAGGAACAUCUGCUCCAAGUGAGACUUCUCUUGUCCGCUCAAGCUCUGUAGAUUAUAGUGUUAUUUUCUUUACCCCUCCACUUGCCUGCUUGUACUUGUGAUUUGUAGGCUGACCUAUAACAAAAACGGAACGGGUGUGGCUCUUCCUGCUUGUUUUCAUACAACUUCAUGGAAGCUUUGACAGCCAUCCUUAAACAUUGAAGUGUACAUAGAUGUGAAUCUUUCUUUCUUUCUUUUGUGGGAAAGAAUUGAACUUUGGUCUUUAUAUAUUCUCUAGAUGAAUUUGUUAAUCACUCAUCAGAUUUUGUAAGUAUAAACCACCUUGUUCUGCUUGCUUUGGUUAAGUCUCUUGCUUGAAACUGAUGUUCUCAGCAUACUGAUAUUGAAAAUCUUUCUACAUUGCUCUGU